UGUGCCUGUGGUGAAUAAUUCCGCUCUGUUUAUCAUGAAUUGGGCAGUGCUGAUGGUGGUUGUGUCGAGUUUCUUCGGUACUCCACAGGUUUCUAAUGCUACGAAAGGCGACGAUCUCGACGAUGCCCCUUCCCUCAUCCGCUAUCGUCGUCAGUCUCCGAUGACAAGCGACCCUCAUGCUCACUGUGGUGAAUGGUUUCCAUGUAUCAACUCCACACAGUGUGUCCCUCAAGAAGCGAUCUGCAAUGGCAUAUUCGACUGCGACAACAAGAUGGACGAGUCCGAUGAAGAAUGCAUUGAUGAUAUAAACAGACGUAUAUAUACCUUCAAGGACCAGGGCAAGCAGGACGACUCAUCUGAGGAAGAAGACUUCAUACCUCCAGCGUGUGAUGCGGGGACAUACCCGGAUGUAUGCCGAUGUGUUCUCCUACACGAGGACCCGAUGGUUAAUUUCGACUACUAUGAAUCGCUACAAGACGUGUACCCCAGCGCUUUUGCCGAUCCACUUUUUGGGGAAUCAGGCGAACCAAUGGGGCUGGAAAUAGCAUGCACAUCAAAACAACUGGACAGAGUCCCCGAGGCGCUUCCAGCCGAUACUUUAUAUUUGGAUUUGUCGGAUAAUCGCAUCACGCAUCUCCAUGACGACAGCUUCAAGAAUCUGACCAUGCUUCGAGAAUUGGUGAUCACCCACAAUCAAAUGCAAACAAUGGACGAAGAUGUCUUCUACGACACGACGAGCCUGGAAAUGCUGGAUCUAUCGGAUAAUCUAAUCGAGAUCAUUACAGCGGCGCACUUCGACAACCUCCAAAAACUUACUCUUCUUCGACUAUCGCGGAAUCACUUCCGGUGUGAGGGUGGUGACUGCUUCCGGAAUCUGGUCAGCCUUAGAGAACUGGAGUUGGUGGCGUGUGGGAUCACCGAGCUCACUCCGGACUUGUUCAGCAAUCUUCAUAGCCUCUCCGUGCUUCAACUUUCUUACAACGCAAUCACAGAAAUCAUACCGUCACAUAUGAAUGGAUUGGAGAGACUGCAAGACUUAUAUCUAUCGAGCAACCACAUCUCUAAUAUCGAGCAUGGUACAUUUGACGGCAUGGAUAAUCUUCUGAAACUAUUGCUACAUGACAACAAAUUGACGAAUAUUUCCGUAGGGAUAUUUCCUGUAAUGCCCGAGCUGCAGAUUUUAAAGUUAGAUGAGAAUGAGAUCGCUAUUAUCGAACCAGGCUCUUUUGCACUCAUCGAGAACGUACAACAUUUUACACUAAUGAAGAACCGACUGAGUCGCAUUGAGGUCGGAAUGUUCGAUGGCUUAGGAAACGUGACAGACAUGAGUUUGCUCGAAAAUGAAAUUAAAGUCAUCGAGGAGAAUGCUUUCGAUAAUCUAAUAAAGCUGGAAUCACUAGAUUUACAGAAGAAUAAGUUAACAGAAGUACCUCGGGAGCUUUUCACCCGACUCAAGAAUCUAAAUAACAUCUAUUUCGAUUUCUUCUUCAUGUGUGGCUACGCGCCAAACGUCCGCGUCUGCCUGCCCAAGGGGGACGGCAUCUCGAACGUCGACGAUCUUCUGGGCAACUGGUUGCUCCGGGGUGCUGUCUGGCUAGUAGCCCUACUCGGUUGCUUUGGCAACCUGAUGGUGAUCUUUGCCCGCUGCUUCGUCAGCGAGGACAAUAAGGUCCAUUCGUUCUUCAUCAUGAACCUGGCCGUGGCAGACUUCCUCAUGGGUCUCUAUCUGCUCAUCAUCGGACUGCAUGACGUCAUGUUUAGAGGCGAGUACAUCUUCAAGGAUUUAGAUUGGCGAAGCGGUUGGGUCUGUAAGAUGUGUGGACUACUGAGUCUUCUAUCCAGUGAAAUGUCUGUCUUGACAUUAACAGUGAUCACGUCUGACCGGUUCAUCUCGAUCGUGCACCCGUUCAAGUUCCGUCAGCGUCACCUGGCCCACGCCGUCAUCCUCAUGGUCGGCUUCUGGUUGGCCGCCAUGCUCAUCGCCAUCCUCCCCGUCCUGCACCGCAACUACUUCGGCGAGUUCUUCUACGGUGGCAACGGCGUCUGUCUCCCUCUCCAGUUCGACCGGCCCUUCGACCACGGCUGGGAGUUCACCCUGGUGGUCUUCGUCCUCUUCAACCUCUUCGCGUUCCUCUUCAUCCUCUACGCCUACGCGCAGAUGUUCGCCACCGUUCGGAAGUCCAGUCUUGCUAUGAGAUCAACGAAAGAGUCACAAGACUGGAAUUUAUUGAAGCGUUUCACGAUCAUCGUCGCUACUGACUUCAUCUGCUGGAUGCCUAUCAUACUGGUCAAGAUAGCAUCUUAUUCGGGUAUCGCCAUACCGCAGUCAGUGCAUGCAUGGUUUGCCAUCUUCGUGUUACCAGUCAACUCCGCUCUCAACCCAAUCUUAUACACAGUCACUACGCAGUUCUUCAGACAAAGGUUCCUACGACCAAUCCGACGUCUGUGCGGUCGUCGAAAGCAAGGCAAAACGUAUCAGUCGGGAUCAUACGAUGAUUCGAUCACCGGUACGAAGAUCUCUGCUACCAAACUCUCGGUCAUAUCCCACAACGGCAAACCACGAGCGGGCUCGGUCAAUGGUCGGCUGAUCUCAACAAAGGGAUCACAUGUUCACCAUCGACCAAGCGAGGUACAGCCGUGGCUCACUCCCGACUCGUCGGGCCACCCUUCCCACCCCAAACGGCCUUCGGUGAGGGUGGAGGAUACGAGCUGCCGCGAAGAACCAGAGGUUGUAGUGGUACAUAGCAACAGUCAGAACCGGAUCGAAUCCAGCGACGUCGUAGAACCGCUGAUUGAAACCUAACGGUUCAACGGUUUUCAAGUAAUCCGGUUUUGAAGAACUCUGGACUAAUGCUUUGCAUAGAAGACUUUUCUUUCCUUCUUUUACAAGUAGACCCCAUCUUUUACGGAUGGACUCCGUUUUGAAGCGUAUGGAAGAGCAAAUAAAGAGGAUUUCUGCAAGAAUAUUGAAUGUACCGAGCUAUUGACUGACUUCUAUAAUCAUUGUCUUGUUUUCCAUUUUAAGAAUGCAGUUUAGACUAUCGUUAUAUAUUGAUGAUUUAUAUUCAUUAUAUCUCCUUUUUGUCGCAACAUAAUUAUAUCAUGAUUACAUUGUAAUUUGUAAAUCGAAAUUUGAAAUAUCGUAGAUUUAUAUUUAGAAUUCAUUUUUGAAACUUAUUUCAUAAUCGAUCGUAGGCAACUUCCAAUAAUUGUGUUAAUUAGAAGACAAAGAUAGAAGCACUAAAUAUUUUGUCAGGAAGCACAUAACUAAGUUGUAAAGUCUAUUUCAUUCUUUAUUUUAAUACGAAAGAGCAUUGAUUCUAUCGACCCUUCGAGUUCAGUUUUUUUCCUAAACGAUUUAAUUUGAUUUUUCAGAAGCAUACAGAUUGUCAGAAAUGUCUUUUCAAUGAGAAAAUAUACAUUUCAAAUCUAUUUGCAAAAUCAAGGAGCGGGCUAUUGGCCUGGGCAUGGAGUAAAUACCAUGUUUGCUGCCGAGAAAACACGGUUUUCUUGAAGUACAUUAUAUUAUUACUAAACUGUACUCAGACAUUUUAUCUUUUUCGGCCUUUUGGCUAAGGUCAUGUGUUUAAUAAACAUUUAUUACUGUAAUUCUCUUGCUUAUGAUAAUGGAAAUUGAGUGAGUCGUGUUUAUAAUUUUAAACAGUACAAGAUGAACAGAAAUUUGUAAGAAAUUAAGUUAGGAUAUUUUUGCAGGAUUUGAUAGUAGAAUACGAUGUUUUACAGGAAGGUUUAACAUGUUUAUCUACAUACUAUGUUGUGUGUUGACUUUUACUAUAUUCCUGGGGCCUACUUCGCAAUCAAGGCUUCUGCAGCUACUUCUAAAUAUAACUGACACUAUAUUACUGAUGUUACUUCUUCUAAGAAUAAUAGUCCGUUUUUAUAGCGCAUAAUACUUAGUCUCUAUGCGCUUCCAAAGAGCUUCGGAAGGCAUUACCCUGGGUUAAGUGUGGCACUAUGUAGAUCAAUGUCUUGUCAAAGGACAUUAGUGCCGCGGCGGGACUUGAACCGCAGACCUUGUGAUCCACAGUCCGGUGACAUGUCCACUCGACCACGACACUUCUACUUCUACUACUACUACUACUACUACUUUUACUACCACCACUACCACCACUACUACUACUCAUAUAUUUCUACAAUUACUGCUGCUACUGCAACUUAUGUAACUUUUACUACUGCGACGACAAAUUACUUGCUUCUUCUACUUCUACGACGGCGGACGCGACGAUGACUAGUACUGCUGAUGCUGCUGACAAUACUACUACUAUUACUACUACUACUAGUACUAAUUCUACCACUACUGCUAAUUAUAUUACUAUUACUACUAUAGGUGCUUCUAGUACUACUCCUACUAUCGCUAUAUCAUUAUUAGUACUAUUAUAUUAAAUUCUCCUUUUGUCUAAUAUAGCCUAUAAUAUCAUUACCAGUAUACUAUCACUACUAUUGUCUUAUACUCCUACUUUUUUAUGCUACGACAAUAAUGAGGACGACGAUGGCUACUACUUCUUCUAACCACUUUUUGUACUACGCUGUACUAUUAUUACAAUUAUUUACUACUAAACCGAAAGUUAUACUACUACAACAACAACGAUGUGUGCUACUACUAUAUUACUACUACUACUACUACUACUACUACUACUACUACUAUACUACUAUACGACUAAUACUAAUUUUAUACUACUAAUACUCCUCUUCUGAUGCCAAUAGAAAUUACGUAUAAUCGUUUUUAGUCAUAUAUUUGUUGACAUACAUGUUAGAAUUCAGAUGCAGUUUAUGUACUCCGUCCUCUAUAUUUAUUUGUCUUUUUAGUAAUCUAGUAAACGUAUAGUAAUGCACUAUAGACCAAUUUGAUUGCAUGGUUGAAUGCUAUGUUAUUGUCGAUCUCGUUGCGUAUACAAUAGGGACGAGUUACUUCGAAUAGUGCUAUAUCACCGAAGACUUUAUUUUUUGUGUACAGUUCAAGAAAGAAUAUGUUUUGAAGUAUAACGUUGCGCAAUGAAUGCUUUUUGUACAUAUUUUGAAGAUUUGCUCUUAGUAUUUUAUGUACAUAACGAAUAAUUUUGCUCAUUAUGCAUUUAAGAUUAUGACAAGUGUUUUAUUGAUAUAUUUUGUAUCUCUCUAAAUGAAGCUGUCGGGUAAAUGGAUGAAAAUGGGACACGCCCCCUCCCACAAUCAAAUGGCCAAAAGAA